GACCAGGAGCUACAGAGAUGCUCUCCAUCCAUGCAGCUGCUCUUCUAACCAUGCUGAUUAAACACUACCCCCUGUACUCAUUGAUACAUUUGCUUUGGACUGGUGUAACUGUUUCAGGAACUCGAGAAUUGCAGGAAUUAAUUAAACCACAAAAGGUCGAAUUUCACUCAUUAAACUUCAACAAUACUUUACAUUGGCAGCCUGGGAGGGCUGCCACAGAUGAAAUCAUCUACUUUGUGCAGUACAAAGUGUAUGGGCAAAGCCUAUGGAAAAAUAAAGAAGAAUGUUGGGGUAUUCGUGAAGAUUUUUGUGACCUAACACAUCAGACAUCUGAUAUCAGAGAACCUUAUUAUGGCAGAGUGAAAUCUGUUUCAGCAGGAGUCCAUUCAGAUUGGAACACCAGCAGCAGAUUUACUCCAUGGAGGGAAACAAAGAUAGGCCCUCCCUCAGUAAAUGUGACUCCUAGAAACAAAUCCAUACAACUAAAGCUCCAGGCUCCAAAUUCACCUUAUACAAGGAGAAGAGGCAGCAAGAUACCAAUGACAAACUAUUAUGAUCUAUUAUAUCGAGUGUUUCUAAUCAACAACAUGCUAAAUGAAAAAAACAAAAUACUGGCAUAUGAAGGAACAGACAAAGUUGUUAAAAUAGAAGAUUUGAAACCUGAAGUCAGCUACUGCAUAGUGGUUACAACCUACUUGCCAGUGCUGGACCGCAGCAGUGUGUACAGCAGUAAGAAAUGCACGGUACCCCUAUGACAUGCAUUACAGAUAACAGUGGAAGAGGAUACAUUUAAUGCUUCCUUCUGUACUGGCUCUAGUGAUCAAGUGGACUCCUGUAUUUUUUAACAUUUGCAAGUCUACAUUCAAAUGCCUUUAAAAUAACCAAUGGACUCUGAUGCUUCACCAAAUCAAAUUAAUGUAACAUGGAGCACGGGAAAUAAAAUCUUUACUUAUCACAUGUUAAAACGUAUACAAUUUAUACAUUCUUGCCAGGUACAGCAUAAAUCAUUUCAUUGGAAACCUUUUUAUAUGUUUGAGAUCCUCUGGCGGUUGAAAAUAUGCAGGAGGAUCAUUUCUAGAAUUCGUUUUUCUUUUUGAGUCUUGGAAUUAAAAAAAAGUUUCAAUUCUUUAUUUCUAUAUCUAUGCUACACAUCACAAGCAGCAGCGUGUAGAUAGUUACAUGCUGCAGUGACAGGCUCUGGGAGCGGGGAAAGGUUUCAGCAGCUCAACACUGCCAGAGCUGUUCACUGUAGGGAGGAAAGGCUCUGGAUGGUGGGAGACAGCAGGGAAACCCGUGUGAUGUUACACCCCAUCCUCUUCACAGUAAUAUUCUGAUGUGAUUAUGGCAUAACUAUGAUGUAUUUUAUAUAAGAUAGGUCAUGUGAGAUAUCAUUUAAAAGGUUAUGAUUUACGGAAUCUGAUUAUCCUAUUUGUAUGCAUGUAUCAUUUUUGUAUCUGAAGUUAGGAAUAUUGACCGUGUAUCUGUAUUACAAGUAUGUUUACAUGUGGAGAGCGCCCAGUAGGCAGAAUGCACUCAGUCUAGAUGGCUGGCUGGCUGGGAAGGACCAUUUGAGAAAACAAAAGGUCUUAGAAGAGGCUAAUCUCCUACUGGGAGGCCUUCCUAAGGACACUAAACAGCUUCUGAGUCAUGGCUGCUAUGACAUUACAGGGGUAUGUGACCAGAUCACGUGGUACUGGAGUCCAACUUGGAAUACCAGUGUUUUUCCACUGACUGGGCGUGGGAUCCAACCUUGCAGACAAAGGAUUCCCACCCUAUGCAAAAGCUAUAUAAGGCAAGGGAGUGACAUCAUCAUGGUUCUUCACUGACUCCCUGCCAAGAAGAGACUCUUGGAAAUAUCUGGUGAACAAAGACUGUACUGGGGGAAGUGCUGGACCCAGGCUAGAGGGAUUUCUGGGGUUUUUAAGCUGCAAGCAAAUGCAGCUUGCACCUCAAGAGCCUGCAGCCAUCUUAAAUCAUCAUUUUGGGUGAGAAUUUGCUACUUAUAUCCAAUCUCUUUAGUAUAUUUAGUUUAGAUUGCAUUUUUGUUUAUUUGUUAGGUA